AUGAAAACAAAUAUAUUAGUCUAUACUCCUCAAAAAGAUACUCAAUCUCAGCCUAAUAUCAUCAAUCGUUUAAAAUCUAUUAUAGGGAACAAUUACGAUAUAAUUCAUGUUGAUUCUAAAACGUUAAGCGAUGAGCCGUGGCAGGAUACAAUUUGUUGUUUAAUUGUACCUAAUAUAGACAUUGAUAUUAAUUAUGAUGAAUUAAAUAAUAAAGCGAAUAAGAAAAUUAAAGAUUAUGUUUUUGGAGGGGGGAAUUAUUUGGGAUUUGGUUCUGGCGUUACAUAUGCUACAAAAGAUUUAGAAAAUCAAAGAGGUCAGAAUAAUCUUGAUUUCUUUUGUGGUGUUUAUAAGAAAAUAGAUCUGUCAACUAAUUCAAGUACGGUCGUGGAAUUGAUGCCACUAUUGACAAAUCAAAAUAAUGAAUCUUCAACACUCUCACAACAGAUUCAAUUAUCUAUUGGUGAAACUUUAAGAUAUUUUGAAGAUGCUGAAAAUUUUUUAAAUAUUAAAAUUUUGGCACGUUAUAAAGAUCUAUCACAAGCAGCGAUAAUUCAAUGUGAAAUUGGCAGUGGUAAAGCUAUACUUUGUGGUAUUGAUCUUUAUUCAAGUUUAAUUUCUGAGCAAAGGAAUCAAUUGGUGCGGUUGCUACUAUCAAUGUUUGAAAUAAAAAUGGCACAGUCAGACAUUAUUAUUCCUAAAUUAAGUUCAACUUUUUAUUUAUCUUCUUUGAGACCUGCAUUAACAGAUCUUUGGGUUCGUGGAGUAAGCUCUUUAAUGGAUUCGGAUGGAAUUAUUAAAAUUGGUGAUGUUUCUUUUCGUCUAAUAGUUAGUUCACAGAAAUCUUCCUCACAUCAACUAGAAGAGCCAAGUACUGUUAAUGAUAGUGUGAUAAAAAUAGAAGCAUAUAAUGAACCACCACCCACAUCAGUAACUCCUUUGUUCAACUUUAAAAAGUUUUUUGAACAUCUUAGUGAUGAUAGGAAUGUGUUAUUCGGUUGGAAUCAUAAUUUGGAUUUUGGAUCAACUUUGCUGUAUGGCGAAGUGUUAACAAGCACUCAAACAUUAUUGGCUAAUGAUUUUAAGUUCACACAACAACUACCAACCGGAUUUGUUUGUGUGGCAACACAGCAAGUUCAAGGACGUGGCCGUGGAAGGAAUUCGUGGAUUUCACCACCUGGAUGUUUACAAUUUUCUAUUAUGUUGAGACAUUCGUUAAAACUUAAUCCAGGAUCCAUAAAUAUACCAUUGAGACUUAAAUGGCCGAAUGACAUUUAUGCGGAAAUUUCAUUAGAUGAAUCUUCCAAACCUGAAUUUGUUAAGAUCGGUGGUGUUCUUGUUAAUUCCAAUUUUAUUAAGGAUGAAUUUCUCAUAAUUGCAGUUGUAUUAGAGACACAUAAUAACCAAAAGGCCACAAUAUUAGGAAUAACGACAGACUUUGGAUUCUUGAAAGCUAUGGUUAUUAAUACAAAUGAGAUUGUUAUGUUACAACCUGAUGGAAAUAGUUUUGAUAUGAUGAAAGGUUUGAUUAGUCCAUAG